CACACAGCCUGUGUUGUGUCACAACAACCGUGAAAAUCACAAUACAAGAAGCUGUUGAACUGUCUGUAAUAGGCACUUCCAAGUCCCUUCUUUGCUCAAAAAAUCCAUCCUUUCAAGCUAUAGUUCUGAUUUUUUUAUUUACUUCUUUUUUUUCUUUUCUAAACUGUUUCAUUAAAGAAAAAUGAUGAAAAUCUCCCUUAUUACCACUUGCCUGAAAUGUUAUUUCUGGUUUUUUGUUGCUCUGGAGAGGCAUUUCAGCUUCAGUUCCUUCAAGGAUUCUGCAGUUUAGUUUUAUUUAAAAAGCAAUCAUAGUAGCAAUUACUCAAACAUUUUUUCCGUAUAUCUCCUGUACUAAAGAACUACUUCUAGGACUGAAGUAAGCUCAGAAGAGUCUCUCUGCAGCCCAUCUUCCCCAUUAUAUCUAGGUAGCUUUGUCCACCAUUGCUUUGCUUAUUGUGUAUUACAGUUAUAAGCAGUUUGGGGUGUUUCUUUCUGAAAUGAUACUUUUUCCUUUAAAGAUUCUGUAUUAUCCUCUGUUUGUUUACUUUUCUGUUUGUAAUAGAAUGUAAGUUGUGAUUUGGCAAUCAGAAACUCAUAGUAAUUUUAAUAGGGCAUUCUCUUGAUUUUUAUUUGCUUAUUCACACUUACUCUCAUUUUUAUAUAGUUUUCUUCAUAGACUGCCUUAUAUUUCUCUUAAACAAGCUGCUGACAGUGUCUGUAGUUUUCCCUCUUAGGAAAUCAGUAAUGAUUUUUUUCCUUUCCAUAACUGAACAGCUACUGUCUGUAGCUCUCAAAUUCUCAUUCCAUUAAUUGUUAACGAGUAUUUUUAUAAAUAAACUGGAUUUCUAAUUUCCUCUCUUGCUGACACCGUGUGUCAGAUUAGAUUAACAAAUGUGACUAACCUGUAUGAAAGUAACAUGGAGAAAGUCCCGGAGUAUCUUAUGAUCAGUUAUUUAUAGAGAGCUAUUCAUGGACACAGACUCUACAGAGAUCGUUUUCAGUCCUGAAAAUAUCACUUUCAACUUAAUCACUUCUUCAAAGUGUGAAGCUUUCUCUCUUUCAGAAGAGAAAGACCUUGCAGUCACAUGUUGCUGGAUCAGACAUAACCUGAAGAUUUAACAUCUGAAUCCAAUUAAAAAGCAGUAUUUUCAUACAAAAAGGUGAUCCAGGUUGUGCCAAUUGGACAUGUAUAAUUCUAUAUACAUAUUUGAUGAUCAUUCUGAUGAUGAAAUCCCCACCCAGCAAGCUAUUCAGGAAAGCUUACAAGAUAUUCAUAAAAUGGAAAGAAGUGCCAGUGCAACAGAGGAUGAAAGUUUCCUGUGCGUUGCAAGUAAAGAACGUGAAGAGAUAAUUGCAGCAAUUCGGGCAGGCCAAGAAGAGGCCUUAAAGAAGUUGGUGAGGCACAGUUCUGCUUUUGAGGAAGCGGAUCAGCAAGGCUGGCUUCCUGUGCACGAGGCUGCAGCACAGCUAAAUAAGAACAUUCUUGAAAUAACUUUAAAAGCCUCCCCUGCCGCUACAUGGGAACAGACCACACUGAGAGGGGAAACACCUCUGAUGGUGGCAGUCAGGAACUGCCUCUUGGAAAACGUCCACUUUCUCCUGCUCAAUGGUUGCAAUCCCAACAUUAAGAAUGAAGAUGGAGAUUCUCCUUUAGUUGUAGCAAUUAAACACAAUUCAUAUGAGGUUGCCUCCUUGUUGAUAAAUUUUGGAGCAAAAGUGAAUUUGCAGUGUAUGCACAAGAGGACUGCUUUGCACGAGGCUGCCAGGCUUGGCAGAAAGGAUCUGGUGAUGCUUCUGCUUCAUUCUGGAGCAGAUCCUGAUCCUCGCAGUGGAUAUGGGCUCACACCUCUAGCAUUGGCUGCACAGGCUGGACAUACAGAAAUUAUGGAGCUCUUAUUGAAAAAAGGUGCUGAUGUUCUUUCGCAGGCAAUGGAUUAUUCUUCUGUAUUAUUUGAAGCAGCAGGAGGAGGAAAUCCAGACUCUCUGAAUCUUUUGCUAGAAUAUGGGGCUGAUGCUAAUGUACCAAAGCACUCAGGUCAUUUACCGAUCCACAGAGCUGCAUACAGAGGACACUUUCUUGCCUUAAAGAAUUUAGUUCCAGUUACAGAUUUUGAUGCCAUUAAGGAAAGCGGAAUAAGUCCAGUUCACUCAGCAGCAGCAGGAGCCCAUCCUCAGUGCCUUGAGUUUCUCCUCAAGUCUGGGUUUGAUGCCAAUUUUAUGCUGGAUCAAAGAAUUCGCAAAGGCUACGAUGACCGCCGGAAAUCAGCCUUGUACUUUGCUGUUUCAAAUGGGGAUAUCAACUCAGCACAGUUGCUGUUGAACGCUGGAGCCCUGCCAAACCAAGAUCCCAUCAACUGUCUCCAAAUAGCCUUGAGAAUGGGCAACUAUGAGCUAAUGAAUUUACUGCUCCGGCAUGGGGCUAAUGUUAAUUACUUCUGCAGAGUGAACACAACACAUUUUCCAUCAGCUCUGCAGUACGCUCUGAAAGAUGAAGUCAUGUUAAGAAUGCUGAUGAACUAUGGCUAUGAUGUGCAGCGCUGCUUUGAUUGCCCUCGGGGAGAUGUUUCCCAUUCCCAGUAUGUGACUGAUGGAUGGACUUCUACUGUUAUCAAAGAUACAAAGUUCUGUGAAGUGAUAACGUUGUCGUGGCUGAAGCAUCUUUCUGGGAAAGUAGUGAGAGUAAUGCUGGAUUAUGUUGAUCAUGUUAACAUCUGCUGGAAGCUGGAAGCAGCUCUCAAAGAACAGGAGCUCUGGCCAGACAUCAAUUCAAUUUUAACAAACCCUCGCUCCCUGAAGCAUCUUUGUCGCCUGAAGAUACGGGAAUGCAUGGGCCGGCUGCGUCUCCGUUGUCCUGUCUUCAUGACCUUCCUUCCACUGCCAAAGUGCUUGAAAGACUACAUACUAUACAAGGAAUAUGACCUUUAUGGACCGGAAAGUUUCUUGGGAACCUCCAGUGUCAACUGCACAUAAUUAUCCUGUACUUUGAAGGGAACGUUGAGUUGCAGUCUGUACCUCCCUGCUUUGGCCAGAAGGAAAUUACUGGAGACAGAUCAGAAUCCUCUGGUAAGUUGGCAUGAAUGACGUUCUUGAUGAAAUGACUGGCUAAACAAGAAGACAAUCAAGUUGCUUAGGGAGAAUUUGCCCUUAAGAGGAAUUAAAAUGCUCACUCAGUGCUCUUUCAUCUCUGCAUCUGGAAGCAGUUUUACUCCUAACCAUAAGGUUAUCAGAUAGCUUGGCAAAAGGGGAAAGAACAGAGAAUGUAGCUGUAACUCUGCAUGAGCUACAGUUGCUCUUCCUAAGAAACACUGUGUAGUAUUGCACUAAAUAUUGGUUGUGAUGUUUGGAUGCAAGGCCAAUCACUUGCAAAACCCACAAAAUAAACCUUUAACUCUUAAAUUACUGGCAAGAAGACCGUGCAUUUUUAGGCCCAUACUAAAAUUAAUGUGCAGACAGAAAAUGAAGAGAAUUGUGAUGACAUAACAGAUGUUUUUAACCCACAAAUUGUCAGUUUUAAGCACUUGUUAAUUCUCUUUCUUAGCCUUCCUCAAGCUGAGUACCUGUAGCUUCCCUGACUGGGAAUGGAUGCAACUUACGGGGCUUGGGAAGAAAAUAAGAGAGCAAUGCAUGAUAUCAGGAAAAUCUCUCUGGUGAGACCAGCGUAAAGCACUGGAUUGCACUGCAUACAAAACACGGUAAUAAAACCUUGAAAUGUGCCUUAGAAUGUAGUCCAUCUGCCCUUGUAUAAACACUUAUCAAGUGUGUUAUUUGAUCACUUGACCAUGAAAGCCUCUUAUUUAAUUGAAAUUGAUGAGUGGUUGUCCCACAGAUGUGAUCAUACCAUAUAACUCCUACAGGACACCUAAGGGGAAAGAAUAAGCAAACAGCAUUACCAACACAGCAAAUCACUUUAAUGAUGGUUCUUGUUUACAAAACAACUGGAAGAAGUGUUGGGUGGAGGAGGAAAGAGGUGGAGAGCUCGGAUGGUUGUCAGGUGUGGCAAUGUGUUGCAUCAUCCUAAUAGCUGUGAGUCUUCAGAUAUGAAAGAAUGCAGCAGAAAAAAAUACCAUAAAGACUGACUUAUAUACUCAUGACCUUUAAACCAAGCACUAACAAACCUGACCCUGCAAUUUGAAAGUGUUAUCGUGUUUGAUUUCCGGAUUAUACUUACUCUCUAAUACUCCGUAAUACAGAACCCUGUGGAGUAAAAGCAUUUCUAUGGGUUUUAUCAUUAAAAUAUCAGUUAUUGACUUCAAACUGACAGUGUAAUUAUAGCGAUGGAAAGAAAACUGAAAUUGAGAAGUUCUGACAGAUAUUGCUGAACAAAAAAAUGGAGGAACUGUUCACUCACAUUUCCAGUGAAAAACUGAGGAGCUCUAAUGCUCCUUACGAUGUUUUAUCACACAUGGAUCAGCUGCUACACCAGAAGCUACCAGUACAAAACUGCACAAGGAAACCACCUGUUUGAAAGUCAGUGAGCUGUUAAACAAUUCAUGUCAUCACACGUAUUGUAUUGAAAGAGACGUGAGAUGGAGCCUGUGCCAUUGAGUCCUGUGGGUUUUUUGUGGUGCAAUAGUUUGGAAAUAAGAGAGCAGCAACUCUCUAAACACAUAUAUCUGCACACUGAAUGUGUGUACAACUAAACUGUGCUGCCUUGCUUAUCAAAGGCAACAUAAAGUGUCACUUGGUUUAUUUCUGAAAAUAGACAGUGGUUUGAUUUCUACCCCGCACCAAAAGGAAAUCAAUGGUUUAUUCACCCUUUAAGAGAUCUUAGCUUGGUUGCAGAGUAAGUCUGAUUUGGAGUUUAUAUAAGUGAAGUCAGCAUCUCAAACAUGUCUAAUGGUACUGAAUUCCAGUGCACAGUUCAGCCCUGAAAACCUGUCCAGAUCAGGUCAAGUCUCUAGGCCACAGUCUGUGCAGCAAACCAGAUCUUGUCUAACAUCUGGUAUCGGGGCUAUAUGGGACACUGCCUUAUGGAAAGCAAUGAUACACCUCUUACACAGCCUUCUCUUCCAAGCUGUCCCUCCAUUGAUCUAGAUUUGUUGUCACCGCUAUUAUAGGGAUUAAAAUCCUCUGUUUAGUAAAUAAAGUUUCAAUGCUCGAGCAAUCAAAGCUACCACUGAAUAUGCUAUUACAGCAUUGGAACUGCUGCUCAUCUGCAUAAACUAUGCAGCAAAACAAGGCCGGGCCUCCGCGCUAGGCCUGGCAGCCCCGAGUCGAGCCCGAUCUGUCCUCCCGUCAUGGAGCCGCUCCUCGCCUGACCCACCU